AUUGAAAAUUGUUUAGUGAAGUUUUGUUGUUGUAGACGAAGGUUUGGUUGUACUAAAUGUAAAGCUCCGUUGCUUUUUUAUUGUUUAAGUAUACGUAUUAUGUGUAUUUAAACUUAGAAUUUUUGAUUUUAGAAAAAUAAAAUUCACAGUUAAUCAAACCGUAUAUACAAGCUGCUAACGCAAUGACGACUUGGAAUGGGUACUGCCGUGUUUGCGGUAAUCCUGCUGAAUAUGGAAUAUUUGGAAAAAUUCCGGUAUAUUUGCAUGCAUCGUUGAAUGAGUAUGUUAAAUGGCAGAAGCCUAUUAAUAUUAUGUUGGAGGACACCACCGGGCUAAAGGUAUCUGAGAAUGAUGGCUUACCACAACAUAUAUGUGCGUUGUGCAUCUCCUAUCUAAAGCACGCUAUGAUAUUUAGAGAGCAAGCUAUCAAAAACGCGUUACAUUUGAAAGAAAUUAACGGAGGCAAUCAGCUAAAUGCUCAACAAAAAGGAGAGAAAACACAGACUUCAACGGCAAAGCCAGAAACUUUGGUUAUACAGGAAUCACGUCCAAGCAAUUCCAAUGUACUUCUCAACAAUGCGCAAUCCGAUUUAAACAAGGUGCGCAAAACAUUAAUUAAUAAUGACUUUUAUACCAGUUUACCUAUUCAGCAGAACACAGAUCAAGAAAUGCGUUACCCGAAUGUACUCUUUUACAAAGAUACAAAUGCCAAACAAAGUAAUACUACUAACUCCAAAACGUUUGAUGCUCCUAUUAUUCCGUCAUUAAGUAAUAAUUAUUUUGAUGAUUAUCAAACACCUACAUCCAGUGAAGAUAAUGAGCAAGGGAUGCUGCUACAACCUAAUAUAUUUUCAUAUAGAGAAAAAAACUUUGAAGAGGAUGAUAUAUUCGAUCAAUUGCGUGAUUCCAUAAUCAUUAAUAUACCAGAAAGCUGCAAGGAACGCAAGUGUCGUGCAUGUUUCCGGCGCUUUAUGUUUGAAGAAUCAUAUAAGGAGCACGUACGUACUUGCAUUGAGAUGCAGUUUUUAGAAUACAUUGAAACUUUAAAUCGUCUUCUGGAAAUAAGAAAGACCAAAACCAUCUCACCACAUGAAUUUAUACGUCGUGUUAUAUUUUAUAUGCGCAGGACAUGUAAUUGGGUGAAAGCAAACUACAAUGAGGGAUCAAUACCAAACGUAUCAGAAUUAAAUAAUUUCGUAGAUCUUAUCGGUGCAGAAAGUGAUGGCAAAAGCUCAGCAUACACAUCAUCUGGCGAGCAAAAAGUGCAGCAUAGCUUAAUUGAAUUAAAUGAUGAACCUAACUAUUCGGAGGACGCAAAUGCAGUAAAUACGCUUUUAAGCACAAACAAUGAAGAUAAUUUACUAUUUCAAACGGUAAAGCAAGCAGUUAUACAAAAGUCACCAAUCAAUAUAAACAACAAUAUACUUUACAAAAUUGAACGUGCAAUUAGUCCUGGAUUAGUUAAACCAGUUGAGGUGGUAGCGAACAGUUCAAAUUAUUUAAAAAAGCCAAUACCUGUACUAGGUACAAAUGUUACGGCAAAUGGUGCUACUGUCUUGAGUUCGCAAAAGCAUACUGUUUAUAAAUGUAAAACAGAAAAUACAUUGCCGGAUAAUGGGCCAUCGACUUCGUCAAACAUUUUUGGAACAGCUCAAACAAUGCAAACUAUCAAUCGCUCUAACAUACCAGUCGUUAAUGAUGACUCUACAUUCCUGCAGAACUUUCCAAAUUUUUACUCUAAUCAGUCACCAACAGUUGCAAUGAUUCUAAAAAAUGAACCAAACGGAGAAAUUGACAAUGAUGACAAUAAACCCAAUAUAGCACUCACAAUUCAAACUUCAAGUCCUGCUGCAGCUAAUUUUCCAUUUAGCGCACGUUGUAAUCCAUGUGAUCUGACUUUCCUAAGCGUCGCUUCACUUGAAUUGCACAAUGCUUCAUGUCAUAACCACAAUCAUAAUUACAAGGAUCCAGAAACACCUGCUAAAUCUUCUAGAAAAGACCGCAAACAAAUAAUUGCAAUGUUCGAAGAUGUGAGUGAUGAUGAAGAAGAGGAAGAAGAAGAAGAAGAAGAUUAGAUACAACCUACAACCAAAGAUUCAGCAACUCAAAAUUAUUUGUAUGAGAUUAUUUAUUAACCAUCUUCCUUUACCAAUUUAUUUUAUGAUGACCACUUUAAUCUCCACAACUUAUUUGUAUUAAAUACUAAACUUUUAAAAUAUUUGGUGUUUAAAUUUAAUUAAUUAAUUUUUACGUGUAAACUAACUAUCCUUAUUCUAUACAUAUUUUCAUAAACUUAAAGGCAAUUGUGCAUUAAUUUGCUUCUUAUUUAAAUAAGUUUGAGUAACAGGUCAGGUCAGUUUCAAAAUACUGAAAUACUGAGACCUCA